AUGUCGUACUACGACAUCGACUCCAUCCUGACGGAUGCGGAGAAAGUCCCCUGCCAGUUCGAACUCGACGUCCCCUACCUCGGCCACCUCGACAACUCCACCACGGGCCUCAAGUCCGGCACGCCGCUCUCGCUCCCGCUCUGGCUCGCCGAGAUGCUCGCGCUGUCCACGCUGCCGGACGACUCGGGCGCGCCGCUGACGCUCAACCUGCCGCCGUGCCUGUCGAGCGCCGUGCAGGCCGCGCUGGCCGCCGACCCGCGCGCGGUGCCGAUCCGCGACCAGUCGCCGCACUUCUACGGCGUGGGCGUGCGCAUGCUGGACCUCUUCGAGGAGGCCGCGCUGGCCGCGGUGCUGCGCAAGACGUUUGUCGUGCGCGCUGCCGACGUCGGCCUGCACGCGCGCAAGGCCGACGAGGGCGUGGGGGGCCAGGGCGAGGAGUUCCUGCGCGGCUUGGAUGAGUGGGAGAGGGGCCUAUUCCGGCGCGGGCAUGAGGGCGUCAAGGGGGCCAAGGAGUGGGCGGAGAAGGUGAAGAAGGCGUGA